CGAUCGUGUGCGUGUGAUUUUUCAAAACAUUGAGCAAUUUCGGUAAUAUUUCAAAAAUUAAACAAUGGGUCGUCGCAAGGCUAAGAAGAAGCCGCCACCGAAGCGGAAGAAUAUCGAGAAGCUAGAUGUUAACUUCAACUGUCCCUUCUGUAACCAUGAACGCUCGUGUGAAGUCAAACUAGAUCGCCAGCGGAACACUGGAACAAUAUCGUGUGGUGUGUGCAUGGAAGACUACCAGACAACCAUUAACUAUUUAUCUGAAGCUAUAGAUGUGUACAGUGACUGGAUAGAUGCGUGCGAGCAAGCCAACCAAUAGCCAAGGGGAUGCCAGGACACUGAGGUCCUGCUUCGCUAGUGUUCAUUCUUGGAUCUUGAUAGACUGUGAAAGAAGCUUAGGGUUCUAGAACGUAUAAAGAGGCAUGGAUAGAUUAAAAAAAAAAAAGAAUUGACAUUGUCAUGAUGUAAGAUAAAUUCUUAUUAUUUCAUUUUUUGUUGCUAUAAUUAUGUUGCUGUAAUAAGUAUGGCUCUCCUCAUCCCCGAGUUGCUGUUAUUUUUUUACAGUUUAAAUAAAAAAAAUAAUGACAGACCUGCAAAAGUAUUUUUAAAGAGAUAAAACCCCAAAAUAACAUGAUUUGCACUCAUUUUAAUAGCAUUUUUUAAUGAGAAGAUAAAAAUGUAAUUUAAAAAGUUUUAUACAAAUUGCUAGUAUCCCUUUAAAGCUGCACUUUCACAGAUUGACUGUUUUGACAACUGAUUUAUUUUUGGAUGAGCAAAGUUUUGCACACUUGUCUAGAAACCUAUGCUACAAGACUACUGACAAAAAGAUCAGAUCGCAGAUUUUCAUAUUUAUGUUAAGUGUUACAAAUGCUUAAAAAAAAUAAAAAAUCGGCAGUUUUCUCUAUUAAUUGACAUCUGUUCUUUUGUGAUUUAUCUUAUAUAACCUAAUUGAUGCCAAAAUGAGCUGAUUCUGGAAAAAUAAAUUCAAAGAGGUCAAUAUUUGAGAGUGCAGCUUUAAUUCAGAAUGUAUUUGCAUCUGACAGUUUAAACAAGAAAGUUGAUACUUGAAUAUGUUUGAAUGAGAGGUUUAUAGAAGUGACACUUCAUCGCUUUGAUAAAUUUGUUUGCAUAUAACAUGUGGUUUUUUUAACCAUAUUUGAUUUAAAAUAAAGCUUCACUGUGUGUCUUGCAUUUUUUUGCCAUUUUAUUCAUGUUGAAAGAUUCGUCUUCAUUCACAGUUUCUUCCAUGUAAAUGAGAAGUGGAAUUAUUUUUAAACAAUAUCAGCAUUUAAAAUGCUUAACUCAUGCAUUUUUCAUCACUUUUUCUCUCUGUAAAAUUUGUACAUGUCUUUCAAUUUGUCUUCAUAUUCCCUUUUUCCAUGUUAACGAUAAGUAAACUUAAUUUUUAUCAACAAGUGCAUUUUAAAUGGUAAAAAAUGAAACUUGAUGAAUCCAAAUCAUGCAUUUUUCAUCGCCAUUUAUUUUUUGUAAAAUUUGUACAUUGUAGACUGAUUUGUCUUCGCUUGCAAUUUUAACCAUGUAAACAAGAUGUGAAGCAUGUUUUGAUGUUGUUAAUCUUUGCAGAUUAUUUUGUAACAUUGCGUCACACUGUCAUUAAGCUGUAAAGUGCAGAACAUUUAAUUAAUCAAGAAUUGUUUCUUUUUGUGGAGAUUAUAACGAGGGGUUAUUUCAAUGAUCUGAUGGCUGAUAUAUGUAAACCAUUUGCAUUUGUAAAGCAUUUGCAUUUGUAAUUUUGAUUUUUUUUAUAAAAAAAAUAACACAACAGAGUUUGUGCAUACUUAUAAAGACAUUUCAUUGUAAAUAAAACUUCAUUUAAUGGUGCACUUGUGUUCUCCUUUCAUUAAUUUUGUUCAUAUUGAAAAUGUGAGGUGAGAGAUCAAACUUACUUAGUGCCACUACUGCGCCUUCUCAUUGGACAAAAUAUAUUGUUGACCACUAAGUCAGUAGUCAACAAUAAAGUUUGUUAAAUGAGACGGCAGUAUUACUCAAAGUUUUCGCAUACAUUUAUGAUUGUAAAUCAGCAGUCAGUCGUUAUUGACUUUAUCAGGUGAAACGGUAUACAAAAAUUGAUGGCUGGGCCAAUUAGUAUGUAGUUUACAAAAUAUUAUGUAGACCACUAAAAUAUUACAAGAUUGAUUUGUUAAUAUGUUCUUGCACAAAAUAGAUGGCUUUGAGUCAUUUAUUUUUGUAAGUACAUACUAACAUUCUACAUACAUUAAAUAACAUUACAUAAAAGAUCUAACAUAGGUGGCCAUUCGAUAUGGAAUUUAUCCAAAAAGUUCAUUAAGUUUAUUGAAAUGAGCCUUGGGGAGUUUUGUCAGUUUUAGAAAACAAUUUUAAUAAAUUUCUUGUUGAAUGACCAUGAUUGAAAUAUUUCUUUGCAUCAUGAUUACUAAUUUGGUGAUUUACAGCGAUAAAUAUCUUAAACUUUGCUACAUUCUAAACACUGUUCAUUUAUGAUGUCACUUCAAAAGUUAUUUCAGUUACACUAGUUUAAUAUGAAAAAUAUUAAAUGACGUUAUUUCAUGAUGGCAACAUCAUUUAUGAUAUAAAAAACAAAACAAUAAUAGAAUGAAAGUUUUUUGGUACUGCAUGGACAAGGAUUAUCUUGUUGUUGUUUUCAUGUGUGUGUGCUUAACUUUAUUGCGAAAAUUCUUCACAUUUUUUUUCCAUCUUUGUCAAACUUUGAAAAUAUAUAAAAACUUCAUAUUUGUAAUAGUGUAUAAACAGAUGUUUGAAUCAAGCUUUUCUUACAUGCUUAGUUGUUUUUGGAAAAACAUGUUAUUUACAAAUUGAAGAUAUUUUUGGAAGAUAUUACCAGAUCGUUCAUUUUGUCAUAAAAUGGAACAACAAUGUCAAUUUGUCUAAAACAAUGUUCAUGCUUAGACAUAUUGCAAAAUGCCUAUCAUUGAAAUACAGUUGUUUCAGCAA